GAUCGAUAUUACUCAAAAUAAAAUCAAAAGAUGAACUCUUGCCAACAAAAGGCCAUGGAGAAGCUGCUUCACGGCCGUGGGUGCGCCAACCAGCUGCUCGUCAUGGACCACACCGAGUCAGAUUCGUCCAUGGAAAGGGAGGAUUUGGCCAAGUCCGUCCUCCAUUGUUUCUCAGAUGCUCUCUCCAUCUUGAUCGACACUAAUCAUGAGCACCAAGACGAUCAAUCCAAUAACUCAUCUCCUCAGGACUCUUCUCCUGUUCUUGAGAGCUCAAGGAAACCACUUCACAAGAGGGGAAGAAAGGCAUCAAUGGCAGAGAGCUCAGACUACCAUAGACAUGAAUCCUCAACCCCGAUCUACCACGACGGUUUCCUCUGGAGGAAAUACGGACAAAAGCAGAUCAAAGAAUCUGAUCACCAAAGAAGUUACUACAAGUGUGCAUACACAAAGGACCAGAACUGUGAAGCAAAGAAGCAGGUUCAAAAGAUCCAGCACAAUCCACCAUUGUACUCAACCACUUACUUCGGCUACCACACAUGCCAGCUCCAUCAAGCUUAUGCAACUUUUCCCAUUGACACCUCUGACCCCGAAGACCACGAGGGAUCCCACAUGAUCCGAUUUGGUCACCCCAACACCAGCUUCUUCUCCUCCUCCUCCACCAAUAGCCUCUGUCAACAUCAGAGUCAGAAUCAGAAUCAGAAUCAGAAUCACAUCAAAGAUGAAUACAUGACGACACCGGAUAAAGCAGAAGAGUGGUCUCCAUCCCAGUGGAUGUCGUCCGAGGUUGCCCACGCGGUGGAGGCUUUCGAGUUCAACCCCUUUUGGACAUCUCAUGACUUAUCAUCAUGACCAUAUAUCGAUCCCCUCGAUCUAUCAUCAUACAUAGCGUCUUUAAUACUAAACCCUAUAUAUAUCGUCUUUUUUCUUACUUUUGUUUUUUUUGUCAUAUAUAUACAUCUCUCUAUGUACUUGCGUAAACAUAUGAUCCAAUCUCUACUUUGGAGCUUUUGUUUUGAGUUAAUAUUAUUAACCUAUAUUAUACAUGAUGGUUGUAAUAUUGU